UGCCACCUUUCUUAGCUGUGUCAUUCAAGAAUGUAUUGGCCAUUAAGGCUGAAUUUAUUCCCUUACUACCAGAAAUCGUUCCCCAUGUCAGGGUUGAGAUGUAUCACCAAAGCAAUGUAAACAGAUUUGUAUGACCAACAAUGUCCAUAUGAAACCUUUUGUUAGUGCACAUGUUCUCACUCAAUAAUGUCUAAAACAUUUCAGUUAAUAUAUUGGUGCAGCACUUGGUAGAAGAUAAGAAUGGAUACAGAGUACCUCAAGAAAUGCAUAGGAAAAUGCUUAGCUGAGGGACUUGCAGAGGUGGCAGAGCAUCGGCCAGCAGACCCAAUUAAUUAUCUGGCAUACUGGCUUUACAAAUACAAGAAAAAUUUAAGUAAAGAAGAAGAGAGGAAGGUAGAGAGGGACCAGCUGAUACGAGAUCGUGCAAAGGCCCUGAUAGAACUGGAAAUGGUACAAAAACUGAAAGCAGAAGAGCUCCUGAUCAAGCAGAAAACUGAAGCACAUUAUCAGAAGAUAAUUAUUGAACAGUAUCCAAGAAAGAUGACAGCAGAACUGACCAACAGGUCUGGAACCCCUAAUUUGGCAACGGUUGUAGAGGAUGACGAGACUAUUAUUUAGGAGAAGCUGCUUGAGUCUCACAAUCCUGCUGACAUUAGAAGCAUUUCCUGUUUCCAUCUUUCAAGGGAGCUGGAUAGUUACAGUGAAAAUAAAUGGAGAAAAUCUUGGACUUCAAAUCCAUUCCUUUCCUCCUCUCUGAAAACAAAAGCAACCUAUUCUUCAGGUUUUUCUUUUUCUUUCCUGUCUCACUCUGAAAUAUUUACAGGGGAAUAACGUAUAUGUAAAAGGUUUUUAAAUAGUAAAUGCAUUAAGUUUUAAUUUCAGCACAUGAAUGAAAACUUUAUUUAAAAAGUUUAAAGUGAUAAGAAUAACAAAUUUCUUGUUAUACUUAUGAAACAAUAAGAAAGUUGUAGCAUUAGGUAAAAGCCUAGAAGAUGAAGGCAAAAGGAUGGUAAUGUUAGUGCCCUGGGAAAGGGGUAUAUGGCUAGUGGGUGAAGUCAUUUGUCAUUGGAUAUUGAAGAGAGAUCAGUGAGUGAAGUUAUAAACUAUUAGGUAGAGGGGGUCUUGGUUUGCGAAAAUUCAGAAAUGUCAGAUGUCCUGUCCACAUUUUAAAAACAUGGCUAAAUAAAGUUGGUUGGCUAGCUCAACUUUCUUUGUCUUCACAGUGUUGAAUUCACAAGGUAAUUGUUUCUAACUGUGGAAAAUGGAAUAGUUGAUAUUUAAUACCGUAAAUGAGUGAUAAACGAUGUUUGGUAAUCAAUAAACAUUAAUCUGACUCAACAUACCUAAUAUGAAAGAAAGACAAGGUGCGUGAGGCAAUAUCUUUUGUUGGACCAAUAGUUGGUGAGAGAGACAUG